AUGGUGCAAGCAGAAUCCUCAGCAAGUGCUUCUCGAAAUAGCCUCAGGGCUGUUACUGCGGGAGCUCCGCCUGAUUAUGAACUACCCUGGGUGGAGAAAUACCGACCAAUAUUCCUCGAUGACAUCGUCGGCAAUACAGAAACAAUUGAGCGAUUGAAAAUUAUAGCCAAAGAUGGCAACAUGCCCCACGUUAUCAUCUCGGGCAUGCCUGGUAUAGGAAAGACUACCUCGAUUCUGUGCUUGGCGAGGCAACUACUAGGAGAGGCUUAUAAGGAGGCGGUAUUGGAACUGAAUGCUAGUGACGAACGAGGCAUAAGUCGGAUCAAAGGCUUUGCCCAGAAGAAGGUGACGCUCCCACCGGGCCGUCACAAGAUUGUCAUUCUCGAUGAAGCGGAUAGCAUGACUCCUGGCGCGCAGCAGGCAUUACGACGAACGAUGGAAAUCUAUUCUUCAACAACACGGUUCGCAUUUGCUUGCAACCAGUCAAAUAAGAUCAUUGAACCCAUCCAGUCUCGAUGCGCUAUCCUGCGCUACGCCCGACUGACAGACGCACAGGUGGUGAAACGAUUGAAACAGAUAUGCGACGCUGAGAAGGUGGAACACACAGAAGAUGGGAUCGCUGCCUUGGUUUUCAGUGCUGAGGGAGAUAUGCGUCAGGCUAUCAAUAACCUGCAGAGCACAUGGUCAGGUUUUGGUCUGGUCAGUGGAGAUAAUGUCUUUCGUGUGGUCGAUAGCCCACACCCGAUCAAGGUCCAAGCUAUGAUCAAGGCAUGCUGGGAAGGGAAGGUCGACGCUGCCCUAGAAACCCUGAACGAGUUAUGGGACCUCGGUUACUCAUCUCAUGAUAUCAUCAGCACCAUGUUUCGAGUCACCAAGACAAUUCCGACUUUGUCAGAGCAUUCUAAGCUGGAAUUUAUCAGGGAGAUUGGAUUCACACACAUGCGCAUUCUCGACGGUGUGCAAUCGCUCCUUCAACUGAGUGGCUGCGUAUCCAAGCUUUGCAAAAUCAAUAUGAAACCCCAACUGUUUGAGCCUCCGAAGGCCUAG